AACACUAUCCCCUUUCGCCGGCGCCGCUCCCGCUCCGUCCCACCCGCGCUCUCCAGUCUCCACGGAUCGAUCGAAGCUUCCGUCUUCCGGCGCGAUGUUCCCGUGCCGCCCCUUGGCUCCGCCGCACCUGCCGCGUGCCCCUUCCCUCGCGCGGCUUCCACUGUCGUCGCUGCGGCCGCCGUCGUCGUCGCUGCGCGUGGUGCGGUGCAUGGCGAAGGAGCGGCGGGUACGGAUGGUGGCGAAGCAGAUCCAGCGGGAGCUCGCCGACAUGCUCACCCGCGACCCCGUGCUGCAGCGCGCCGUGCUCCCCGAAGCCGCGCUCGGCGCUGACCGCUACCUGUCGUCGCUCACCACCAUCGCCGACGUCGAGCUCUCCAACGACCUCCAGGUGUGCAAAGUGUACGUGUCCGUGUUUGGGGACGAGAGGGGGAAGAAGGUGGCCAUCGAGGGGCUCAAGGCCAAGACCAAGUACGUCAGGAGCCAGAUAGGCAGGAGGAUGAAGCUUCGCCUCACGCCGGAGAUAAGGUUCAUCGAGGAUGAGUCUAUGGAGCGUGGAAGCAGGAUCCUUGCUAUACUUGACAAACUAAAGGAGGAAAGGGAGCAACAAGAAGGAAAAGAUGGAGAGGAAGAUGAUGAUUCAUAUAUAUCAGAAGAAGAUGAUGGUGACUGGGAUGCAGAUGAGCCAGAUGAGGAGGACAUCAUUUACGUAAAAUAGCCCAUUGUCUUCUAGGAACUUGGCCAUCAUUCAUCCAGAACACAGCAGUUCUCUUCAGAGUUUAAUUCUGUGAAGUUCACUGCUCGCCUGCUUGUCGAAGCACUCCAAAGUAUAUCAGCACUUGAAGAGGUCUACACUCUACAGAGACAUCUCUUUUGCCAAUUGAAGCAGGACAUAUCACACCCUUGCUGCCAUUUAGAAGCUGGUCAUGUCCUUUUUUAUGGCUUUUCAAUGCGGGGGAUAUUUCAAAGAGGAAUUUGGAAGUCUUUUUUUUUCCUGUCCACUGAAUUAUGAUAUCUGACCAUUGACGCAAGACAGUUUGGGCUGAUGCUCAUUCCUCUGUUAUGUUAACUAGCACUUGUUUAAUUUGUACUUGCCUAGUUAUCUUGCUGUAUUUCAGUCUCCAUUUCUUCUAUGGUUUUGGUACAGUAUUUCCUCUUUCUAUAAGCCAUUAUGUAAUAGAGUAGCAUCAGUAUGAUUUUAAUGAUAAUUUAUCACUCUCUCAUCUGAUCUAACAAAAA